CUACCUUGUCUUACCAAGCUCCACGCAGUCGAACAGGCCAAAGAGGGAGACCAUCUAUUAAUGUCACCAGAGCUCAGAUACCAGUGCUCCAAAGACAGGGUUUUACCAUUAAAGCAAUGGCCAGGAACAUGGGUUGUUCAUCCUCCUAUCUGUACAAAAAAUCCAUAUUGUUGGGUAUAUCUUUGCGUCAUCGAUUCAGAACUAUUGGCGAUGAUGAGCUUGAGCAACACAUAAGCAGACUACACCAACAGUGUCCACAAUCAGGCAUAACGAUGAUGCAGGGAUACCUUUGGGCUGAGGGGAUAACGGUUCAAAGAAGACGGGUUCGUGAGAUGCUGACCAGGGUGGACCCAGCUGCAGCAGCCCAGAGGUGGAGCAACGUUGCUGCAAGACGCAGUUAUCAUGUGCCAUUUCCAAACAGUUUAUGGCACAUAGAUGGCCACAUGCGUCUCAUACGAUGGGGUUUUGUGACCCACGCUGGAAUUGAUGGUCGUUCUCGUGUGAUCACGUUCCUGAGAUGCAGUACAAACAACACUGCUACAACUGUGCUUUCACAUUUUGUCAGAGCCACUUGUCAAUAUGGAGUCCCAUCAAGAGUGAGGUCAGAUUGUGGAGGUGAAAACACUUUGGUUGCACUGCUAAUGACUUUGUUAAAUGGACAGGGUCGUGGUAGCCACAUCACUGGCAGAUCGGUUCAUAACCAGCGGGUUGAACGUCUUUGGAGAGAUGUGUUCAUCCAGGUCAUCCACAGUUUCUACAAUCUCUUUUACUCUUUUGAGGAAGACCUCAUUUUGGAUCCAAAUGACCACAUCCAUAGGUUUUCACUGCACAAGACAUACCUACCUGAAAUCCAAAAUAGAUUGGAUUGUUUCAGAGUUGCAUGGAACAGUCACAGUCUACGCACAGAGCACAACUGCACACCCAAUCAAAUCUGGAUGGAUGGCAUGCUUGGAAACAUUCACCAAAAUGCCACAGCUGUGCAGAGAGUCUUUGGGGAGGAUCCGUACACAGAGGAAAGCUUGGAAACGAUGUUGGGAAGACAUGAUAUUCAGCUACCUCGGUUGCAAGCUGAAGCUGAUAAUGAUGACCUAGACCGGGCUGUCAUCGUAGAACCACCUCCGGUUGCUCUGACGCCUGAACAAGAGCAGGCUCUUCAGGAUGCCUUGACGGGGAUCACAGAUUUAAAACCGAGGUAUCAAAGCUGCUGUAGAGUUUUGAGUGAAUUUGGCAUUGGACAGUGAAUGUAUGUGAGUCGUCCAGUUUCUUGCAGUAAGGUACACAGGAAGACAAGUGUUGUAGCUGAUAGUCUGUAUGUUUCUUGUAAAGAAAGGAAUAAGGAAACACGUGUAGCAUUGUGAGAGGUAUAUAGAUAAGGAAAAUUGUCCAUGUUUUAUAAUGUAAGUUUAGCAACUAGGCUUCAUGUGUACAGUAGCAGCAUGGCAAAGGUUUGCAGGCACGCUGAGGUAUCCCGAAGUGCAAAAUGUUUGAAUACUUUAUAUUACGUGUGAAUAAUGAAAGGGGAAGCAGCAGUAAUACUUUGUAUAAUGUACCAUGUUGUGUUUUGUCUGUAAAUGAGAACCUAGUGCACUGUAAUGUGGCAACUGUAAUCCUACAUGUACCUACAAUGAUGGGUGUAUUUUGCAAUCAAAUAAACCAAUAACUCAGUUGCACAUUGUUUAUUCAAGUAUGCAUCGACAGGUCAACAGGCUCAGAUGGAGAAUGUACCUUUAACCAACGUGCAGACAGUUCGAAAAACGAUUGCAUUUGGGAGAAACAAGAUGUUAUCCUUUUUAGAAUUUGAUUAUUCCUAUCACAAGAAACUCAAAGAGCUCAGACUUGUAGCUCAAGUUGUAGCAAUGAGGUAAUCUGUUUAAUUAUAGGUGAUUUAAAAGCCAUCCAUUCCAACACUUCCUUUUCAACAAACCUAAAACAUCAUUUUGUGAACUUGUUGUUAUAGCCUACAGUCGAAUCAAUAUGCCAUAAACUCUGUACACAUGCUGUAUACAAUGUAGUCUGUGAAAAUACCAUUAAAAGAUCAAACAUUAACGGAUUACAUAAAACCCAAAGUUAAGAAAAGCAAUUGAACAUUGGGUCUGAAAUCAGCAGCCAAAUUACAGGCGACACUGAGAUCAAAACCAGAAAGGCCAGAUAAAAUGCUUCCUAAAGUACCAGUUUUAGAACAGAGUUUUAUGAACAGGAGAGACAAAAGUGCAAUUAUCAAAGUGAUGGGAUAAGAAAAGUAACUGAAGAUUAUCAAAGCAUAGGUACAUUUCAUUUGUCAGUAACUUAAGGUUUUCCAAAACCUAAGCUGUUUUUUAUGGCUGAAGUGACCAUUUCCUUCAUUGUAUAUUCGCUAUCCAGGCCUCUGGGAAGGUAAAAGGUCAGUGCGCAAGUGGAUGCAUAUGGCAUUCGGGACCUGCCUUGUUCCUGGUCAUAAAAGUCAAUGGUAGGCUGUUCCUGGAAUCCAAGUGGAGGAAUCAUGUCUGCUGAGGUGAUGAAUAUGAGGAUGUCCUCAAAAGUGACAUCUGCUUGACUGUCUGUUGAGAAAGGAUCAGAAAGCUAACCCUAACCAUCUGAACCGACAACAGCAUCUUACCUUCUACCAUCUUGAGAAACACCUCCCAGCUGAAGAUGGUGUCCUCUUCCUGCUCUCGUCGGU